AUGGAGGAGUUGCUAAAGAACAAGGUUUUCGCAACACAUGCACUUGCUGGUGUAGGAUCAGUGGCGUUAGGCACAGCUGUUACGUACCCUCUAGAUACUGUCAAAGUCAUUAUUCAGGCGAGUUCAAGUUCAAAUAAACAAUUGACAACGAUUGAGGUUUUCAACAGAAUUCGGUCAUUUUCGGGAAGCUCAGGCUUGUACAGUGGUUUUUGGUGGUUGGCAGCGGGAAGAACUUUAGGUGUUGGAGCUCGCUUUGGAAUCUACGAAAUUUUGACAGCUUUUUAUAAAGAUGGUCGAGAAGAUAACCAUGUGCAUGCUUCUGAAGCACUCUUAGCAGGACUCAUUGCUGGUUUUGCUGAAUCACUAAUAACCUCUCCCUUUGAACUUAUGAAAAUCCGUGCCCAGAUUACUUCUGCUUCCCGUAUUCCAAAGUUGGCCUCUCUGACAGAGAAGGUGGGCGUUGCACCUCUGAUACAAAAGUUACUACACAGAUUCACUCCAGACAAAAAGGCACUAAACUAUUCUGUCGGUCUCUUAUCCACCCUAACAAGUAAACAUCCCAAUAUGAUGACUGCCUUACAAGACUAUCCAUGGAUGAUGACUGGAUCUGGGAAGCCACCAUCUGUGUUUAGUGUUAGGAAACCAUCUGAAAUCAUCUCUUUGGAAGGAUGGCGCUCGUUAUGGAGAGGUCUACGGUCAGGAGUUGUUCGGGACUCAGUUUUCAGCGGCAUAUUCUUUGGUACUUGGCAAUCCCUGCACCGAGCAAUGCUUGAUUGGAAGGCAGUGGGGAUGAAUCCAGAACCCAGAACGGAUGAUGAAAUUGGUCCACUGUCACCAUUUGGUGUUAGUGUUGCGGCUGGAGUUUCUGGUUCAGUUGCCGCAGCUGCCUCUCAUUGUUUCGACACUGCCAAGUGUCGAUCCCAAUGUAUUGUGCUGCCCAAGUUUCUCUCCAUGGAGAGGAAGCUCCUCAAAUGGACAACACCAGGGAGGAGGUUCGAGAGAUGCACAGGCAUCCACCCCGCGGACAGGAACCUCCUCUUCCGCGGCAUUGGUUUGCGCAUGGCUUGCAGUGGGAUGGCAUCAUUCAUAAUGGUGGGAAGCUAUUUCCUUGCCGUAAAUCAUCUCGCCUGAAAAAAAAUUCAUUGUCACAGAAUAACUUCUUCAAUAGUCUCUGAUUCAGAGCUGAACUUGCUUAACCUGUAUAACAGUUACUUCAAGCUAUAAAUGAAACCGGACACAUCCAGC